UUUCUGUCUCGUCCUGCAGCUCUGUUCAACCUGAUUCCCGUGGGGCUGAGGGUGGUGGCCAUCCAGGGUGUGAAGGCCGCCCUCUAUGUGGGCAUGAACGCUGAGGGCUUCCUCUACACAUCUGAUAUUUUCACACCAGAAUGUAAAUUUAAGGAGUCUGUGUUUGAGAACUACUACGUCAUCUACUCGUCCACCAUAUACCGGCAGCACGAGUCGGGCCGGGCCUGGUUCCUGGGUCUGAACAAGGACGGCAUCAUUAUGAAGGGGAACCGAGUGAAGAAGACUAAACCCUGCUCACAUUUUGUCCCCAGACCCAUUGAAGUUUGCAUGUACAAGGAGCCAUCUCUGCAUGAGCUGGAGGAGAAGCUGCUGAAGUCGUCGCGGAGCCCGACACUGAACAGCGGCCGCGCCAGGAGCCUGGACCGACCAGAGCGGCGGUCCGCCAACUCCUCCACAGAGCGGGAGGCGUCAUAGCCUGCAGCGCCCCCCACAGGAGGAGGAGGAAGAGGAUGAGAACUCCCAUUUUAACAAUCCCUGUGUUCAGCAACUACAACCACACCGACCAACCGCCAAGACAACGAUGAUAAAGAAAACAAUGUAAAAAGAUUUUAAAAAUCCGGGGAAAUUCUUCUUGCUUGUGAUGAAAUAUUUUAACGAGCAAGGGCAUGGGGGAGGGGCUUGCUUGGAAAUGAAAAAAAAAAAAAAAAUCAGGACGUUGAUGAUUGAGAUUUACAUUUUAUGCAAAGAGUCCUGCUGAAAUAGUGCCAGGAGGCUAGCACACCUACUCCUCAUCAACACAUUGUAAGCAUCAUCAUUUCUGUCACAAUGAUGACAAAAUAUCUGUGGAGUCGGGCAAGCGCUCCGAACUCUGAAGCUUUAAGCCAUGUAGAAACUUCACUUCUCUUUGUUUUCUAAUGAAUGCUAAAACCUUCGCACUUCCCA